CACAUCUUCAUUUCUGUCAUCUCCUUCGUAGGAAAUAAUUAUUCUCCAUGUAGUCGUUCUACUCCAAGUUUUUGAUCUCACGAAAACUGAAUACUUAUACAACAGAAAACAAACCAAAGAAAAGAAUGACCUCCCCUCCUCUCCCACUCACCACAACCUUCACGCCUGCCUCAUCCUGUCUUGUUGAUCUUUACCAAGUGGAUAACACGAAGGGUAUCUACUGUGGCGUUGGAACAGCGACGUACCUUUGUCCCUAUCUCCAAUUAGGACCGACCAGCACAUCUGCCUGCUUGCCCUCUGGCUGGAGUACAGACAGUACAGCCUAUUUCUCUCCUGGGAUCUGCCCAUCCGGGUACCGACAGGCAUGUUCUUCGACGGUAAAUAUAGGCACAUUGGUAGAGACGAGAGCGACAUGUUGUCCUAGUGGAUAUUUCUGCCAAACCCGUACAGAUUGGCCAUGGUACUCAACGGAUGCUUGUACUUAUGUGAACACCAACCCUGUGCCGUACACAUACACAACUACAAAUAAUAAGGGUGCCUACAUCACCUCUACAACUACGAAUGUUGAAGGAUUCAACGCCUAUGGCGUUUCGAUCCGAUACCAGGCUACGGAUUUUGCUUCUGCUCAGAAAACAUCUUCUAGCGUGUCGUCGACUGAGAGUUCUUCCUCCUCGUCAAGAUCAGCGCCAACAUUAGAGACGUCGACUUCGUCGGCUUCAAAUGGACUGUCGACUGGGGCUAAAGUUGGAAUCGGAGUUGGAUGUUCAGUGGGCAUUCUUCUACUGAUCCUUGUCGGGUUUCUCAUCUUUCGAUUGAGAUCUUAUACUAGAUCAGUUACCGCCAAACAUGAAGAGUCUUCGGACCUGGUGCAGACAACAGAGUAUGCAAAGUCGCAACCGCAUAGUGAACUUCAAGGCUGGGUUACGCAGAAAGCGGUAGAGUUGCCGGUUCAACCUGCAGAGCUGCCAGCGUCUGGUCCGCGCAGAUGGUGACUGAGGAAGCAGUGCGCGGGUUAUGAGAAUGGGAGAUGCAUUUCUUUAAAUAUUUCAAAUCCACGAUACCUUAUUAAACCUACGUGAUUCUUUCAGGAAAUAAAGCGAUGGCUUUAAUAUUGUGUGUGAGAUAUCAACAAACAUCUCCCCAAGGGUCUAUAAGUAGGUUCGGUGACUGCAUACUGAGGAAUAAGGAGUAUAUGAGGAAUCCCGAAGGACAAUUUGAUUUCUCUAUUAUAC